GGUCACAGAGAGAGGAGUGUAUCCCUUUUCAAACUGCUGAAAUUUUCAUGCCUCAUUCUAUUAUUCAGCCAGCACUAGUGCUCCUGUUCAUCAGAGCUGGGUCCUGGUGUGUGCGCAAGACGUUUUUGUGCUUAUCACAGGGACCCUCGGACCAUAAUGGAUAUCUAUUCUAAGCUGCCAUCAGCGUGUGAGAGUGCUGUGAGGACGGCGGCUCUGACUCCUCUCUAUCUUUUCUCCUGCAGAUGAGAAGGAGGACACGGUGUUAGGGAGUUUGCCGCUGCUCAGUUUCCGAGUUGGAGGAGUGGAGCCCUCGGAUAACAUCACCCGCAAGUUUGCCUUUAAGGUAUGGUUGGACGAGGAAGAGGAGGGAGGUGAGGAAGGAGAGUCAAAGCAUCCCGUUGUGUUUUGCAUGCAGGCAGAGCAUGCUGGGACCAGGACAUACUUCUUCAGCACUGACAGCCAUGAGGAGCAGGAAGAGUGGAUUAGAGCCAUGAGCGAGGCUACAGAGGUCAACAUUAGGUCACAGAGAACAAAAUCAGACACCACAGCUGCUGUCACCCACACCAUGGUGACCAAGGCACCCGACCCACAAACAGAACAGGAUCCACAGAGUGAAACUGACAGUAACCUGCCCCCCUACCCUAAGAUCAACGGGGUCGACAGCCUUGAGACACCCCCGCCCCACCCCCCCCCCUGCACUCAGGAGGGAAAAAAGAAUGACGGAAGACGAGGAGAAGGUGAAGAUGAAGGGGGGGGACCUAGCCCUGACCACGCCUUCCACCCUAAUCACCAUCCAAAUGGUUGGGACAACUAUGGACCUCGCAGUACCAUGCCGCACAACAGCAAUAGCAAACCCCCUCCAUCCAGGAGCCACAGUACCCAUCGUGCCCUUCAGGGACACCCAGAGGGGAGUGCCGGCCCAUCUCAGAACCCCAGGGAGCAGCAGGAGAACGUGGUGAUGAGGAGGGGCUUUGUGCCCAGGACUGCUCCAGAGAGGGUGGCCCAGAGGAAGAGCUCCAUGGCCCAGCUGCAGCAGUGGGUCAACCAGAGGCGAUGCAUGGCCUCCCAGGAGGACAUCAACAGCCCAUCUCGUUACUACCCAGUGAGCCGUGGGGUCUCUGCUGACUACUAUGCCUACCCUGGUGGCCCCCAGUAUGUGGAAGAGUACCCUCUGUACCCGCCAGGGGUCCGACCUGAGAGCAUCUGCUCUGUCUCUGCUGUCGGGGGAUACGACAGACGUUGGACUGUCGAGGAGAAGCGCCACUCGCUGAGGGACAGGCCCCAUCACCUCUAUGGCCCUCCAAUGUCCAGGGACCACUGGGGUCCACAGUACUAUAGCGGGAUGGAAACAUCCAUGAGGCAUCUGUCCAUCCAGCCACGCUCCAGAUCUGUGCCUAGGUCACCGUCCUCGUCAUCGGGGGGGCCCUACUCACCGGUGCCACCCAACUUUGCCUCGCCGGCUCAAUCGCCUUCUGCUUGCUUUGACCGGUUUCCAGGGAGGGUGAGGGAUGACAUGAUCUAUGCUGAUCCAUCCAUCUACAACCUGAGGAGAUCCCUCAGCUCACCAAAGUAUGACUACCCUGGUGAUAGGAGGUCCUUAAGCCAAGGAUUAUACCACUACAACUACCCUGUAUCACCUUCCAUCCACAAUAAAAUGGAGGACAUAUUAGACCUUCAGCUCCAGCGGAACCUGGAUUACUUAGACCAACAGGUGCCUCCUUUCCAUGAUGUCUACAGCAGAGAGUUACACCCCACACUGAAACUCAAUGAGAUUGAAACCAGUAAACUCUUGGGUCGACUGUGUGAGCAGAACGGAAUUCUGAAAGACCACGAGGCUGUUGUCCACAGACUGAGAAUGGACAAGGACAGCUUGGAGGAAGCGCUGGUGGCAACUCAUCAGGAGAUGGAGCUGUACCAUAAUCAGCCUUUGGCCAUGGAAAAGCUGCAGUUCAAAAAGGAAACCCUUCAGAAUCAGCUCAUCAACAUCAGAGGGGAGCUCUCCCAGGCCUCCAGUGCUUUAACCACCACUCGUAUGGAGUUUGAAGCAUUAGAGGAUGAGGCCAGCGCCAUUCAUGGAGAUCUAUGGGAGCAGCUUAAUGCAGGAGGGCAGAGUGAACUGGUUCGUAAGCACAUCCAGAAAGAGUUUUGGAGAGUCCAGGAUGUAUUAGAGGGACUGCACAAGAAUAACUCAUCGCGUGGCACUGACACAGCCAAGCACAGAGUGGUCGGCGGUGCAUCAGGUUCCUUUAGCACCAAUAGUCCAGCCAGUCCCCUGAGCUCAAUAAGCCUCACCAGUCCACUCAGCCCCUUCUCCCCAGUUCCCGGCUCCCAGGCCUCCCCAACAAAACAGCUGGGCCCGGAGGAAAGUGUUCCCCCAAGGCCUCCCCUUCCCAAGUCCUAUUACCCUUUGGAGCCCUCCCUUACCUUCCCUCCCUCCAUCCCUCCCCUGCCCUUUGACAGCACCGCCUGGCUACACAGCUUGGGCAUCGAUGAUGGUUACCUUGAGGGUGAAGAUUCCCACAUCAGAAAGCCCAAGUUUGGAGAACAGAACAAUAUUAGUGACGUGCCGGAUCAAGUCCAGGACAGACAAUCCACCACGAAUAAAGUUGGCAUUGUUCCUCCUAGAACGAAGUCCCCCACCGACGAAUCACACAGCAGCUCUGCUGGAGUUUCCCGGCGUAAUGGCAGAGUGCCUAAUGGAAUCUCUAGGGAGCGUCCAAAGAGCGCUGUGUUUCCUGCAGAGGUGAAGUCGAAGAUGAGUGUGGAGGAGCAGAAUGAGCGACUCCGCCGCAACCAGAGCAGCUCUGUGCGGGACAAGAGACGGAGUCUAAACCUCCCAGGCGGCCAGGCUCCAGCCAACUACAAAGUGAUUCGUAGGCGACUGACAGCUCACGAGAUUGACAUCAAAGACUUGGAGGCAGCGGUUCGAGGCCAGGGUCAGGAGUCCCCUUGGGAAGAAAUUGCUCGCCUGAGACGGUCACAGGUUGAACCAGAACACUAUGACCUGGACAUCAGCAAAGAGCUGAUGGCUCCUGACAAGGUUGUGAUCCCAGAGCGCUACCUGGACGUGGAGGAUAACAUUCCUCUGAGCCCAGAGGAACAGAAGGAGAAGCAGAAGAAACUGGAACGGAUCAAGACACUCAUUGCCAAAUCAAAUUUGCAGAAUGUGGUUCCUCUCCUGGACGGCCCAGUGGAGGGUGGAGCUCAAGCCAGCUCCCAACAGCAAUUGCAAGAGCAGGAGAAGCGAAUUGAGAUCUCCUGUGCUCUGGCUGCGGAGGCUUCUCGUCGCAGCCGCCUUCUCUCCGUCCAGUGCGUUCCCAGUCCCCCCACCUCCCCGACCAACCUGGCCCCUCCCCCAUCCUCUGCUGACUUCCCCAACUCCGCCCACACCAUGAAGGUGUGAGUCAUACAAGCUCAAGCACUGGCUGCUAUCAAGUUUGAUGGAGCAUCUUUCUGAGGAUUGGACUAACUUAAGAAUGAAAAUGGCCACAGACAAAUUACUGUAUUUUCUUUAGCACCUAAACUACAACAAAAGCACGGCAAGCUAUCGAAGGAGGUUCCUAGGAGGCAUGAGCAAAAAGACUUGUACUCAUGUUCAUCCAACUUAUGACAGUCUCCCACUAUGUGUGCCCUGUGGCACAAAGGAAGGCUCCAGACCACUUACCAGCUUCAUGGUGUGUAAUCUUUCUGUAUCAUUUAGCUCAGGACAUAGUCUACAAAGUAGAGAUUCCUGAUGAACUAUGUUGGUGAUGAGAUGUUUUACACUCACAAUGACAAAAUGUGACCUGAGGUUCCCUGUUGGUAACUUUACAAGGGAACACUGCAUAUGCGAGGCCCACACUGCAGAUGAACAAGGGAAAGUACAGUUGAACGUCACUUAGUCGACUACUACAAAGAGUCUCAUUGAAACCCACAGAGAGGCGUUGCACAUUCUUCUGGACAUUAAAAGGCAAAGGAGGAAGUUCAUUUCAUCUAAUCCCCAUAUCAACUUAGAAAAACCACCGAGCGAGGAGUGGGAGUUAAAGACUGACAUAUUCUUACAUUUUGACAACUGACCAAAACAAGAGCGAAGCCUCUCAUCCUUUGUAAAAAGUUGAGGACUCUCCUUCUAAACUCACUGUGAUGCCUGUUUCACCCAGACCCCCAUCCUCUACACUGCUCCCACCCUAUCAACCACAUCUGCUGUCAGUUACACUCAUAUGCAACCAUAAGCGUUUCGUACAUUUGAUUAGGUCAAACAUAAUGUCACACCAAAUACGCAAGCACACAGAGUUUGUUGGGAUGCAGAGCCAAAGAUGAAGAGUGGAAACCAUGACCCAUCUUACAAAGCUGCUAAACCUGGUGUCCUCAUCCUCUCCAAUAAGUUGCUUGAGGGUCUUGUAGGAUGGUAGCGUAAAGUCCCUGAUAUACUCCAAAAUGGAUAGUUCUGUACAUACCACAUCAGGUGUUUCUGGACGCAGGCAUGCUCUGCAUGCUUACAGAGUUUGUGUGGUCAUACAUUGGACUGUGCGGUUAGGUGGAAAGUAAAUAAUUUAGGUUGUACUCUUUUCCACAUCAGAAGAGCCAUGUUCGUAGCCACUACCUGCUGUCAAUGCUUCAAUGCCCUUGGUCAUAGAGGUCAGUAUUUUGGGGGUCAAAAUUGAAUUUAGGUGAAUUUUUGCUACAAGAGCAGCUAGGACCCAAUCGGCUACUCUUCAUUCAAAAUAAUGACCUUGCUCUGUGCUGCGCUGACUUUACUAGCUAGGGUAGAAGCCAGUCAGAUUGCAAGCUUUUUUAGUUGAAUUAUGAGAAUAUGGCAGGGAAUAUGGCAGUUUUGUUAGAAAAUAAGACAGACACGUUUGCUGUGUUGGACUAACAAUCUGUAUGUUUCAGUUCAGUCUAAAAGGAUUGAACCACAGCUGGCAGACAGGACCUAAUGCUGUGGGUCAAACAGCAUAAUACAGAGCAAAACACCAGCAGGGGUAUAUACACACUUGGGUAUACCAUGUGUAUUUCAACUUUUACAAUAGCUGAUUUUAAGAAACAGCAGGCUGUGACACAAUCUUCUGCCCUAGAUUUAAAGAAGCGUCCAUCCGAGGCAAAAACAAAGUCUAAAAGGAGAGACAGAAAGGAGCCUUUUUCUGGGUAGUGUGGCUAGCUCCAACAUCCUGAAAGGUCACCUCACCACCAACUGCUGUGUACAGCUCCUGCAUCUGGUUCAAACAGGCUUCAUCUAGAAUUCCCCCAGUGAUUGUCUAAACAUAUGAAUAGUAUGUUGGAAAUGCGAUUAUAAAUGGAAUGUUGUAUGUGGAAAGUGAAAAUAGAAGUGACCUUAGAAGAGUAACUCUGCUAGAAAAACACGUAUCUGUGUAAUCAGGAGUCAGCUAAUGGUGGAAUUAUAUACUGGAGAAUAGUGUAAUGUAACAUAUCCCACCAACAUUUCAUCCAGUCAUGCAGUGCCAUACUGUAAGUCUGAAACCUGUCGGUGUUUUAUAUGUUUUGAUGACUGGACAUAUUAAUGACAUGGGUUACAAAGGAGCUUGGAUCUAGUGGAAUUGCAAUGAUUGAUGGUACCAAUGGAACAUUUAAAAGUGGAACUCCAAAAUGGCCAAUAAUAACUAUUACAUUUUGAAAUAAAUUAAGUAAACAAUACAUUUGUUUUUAUAAUUUAACUUUGGAGAAACCUAAAUGCAUAAAUGAGCCAAAUAUUGUGAAGUAACACAAAAAAUAUCAACUCAUUAUUGUGAUACGUUAUGUAAUUAUUAGGGCCCAAGCACGACCGUGCGAGGUCCCUAUUGAAUUUGCUAAGAUUAUAUAUAUAUAUAUAUUUUUAUUUUUUUAUUUAUCAAGUGCGAGGGCCCGCCCAACGCUGCUUGCAGCUUUAAUUCUUAUUUUGUUUUAAAACAAAUCACAUGAUUUGCAUUAUAAAGAAGCCACUUGAAAUUCGGGACUUGUUCAAAUUUGCUCCAAAAUAAUAUUUUCUUCUUACAGGAUAUAAAACACUAUGUUUUGCUAUCGCUCUUGUUUUGUCCAUGCCUCUUCAUUGCACUGUCCUACAGAUCUGAAUGCUGUGACCACAUACACACCUCCCCUUUGUUAUGACUAUAUUCUGUAUGCUUUUUUGGCCCUUACACACUUCAAUGUUCAAGUGACCUGUCUUUGUAGAAAGUCUGUCCAUACUCAAGAGAUUCAGAGACAAUAUGUUACAGAAAAUGAGAUUGUGUGUGGAAAGCAGUUAUCGGCUCUUAAUACGCAAAAACUAAACAAGGAUUUAUGAAAAUACUUCUAUUUUUUCUUGUUUUACGUUUUUUAGAAAGGGAAUACAAUUCAAAAGAGGCAGUACAUAUUUUUUUAGAUGCAUUGAUAUUCGAUGACAAGUUGACAGGUUCAAUUUUUACACUCAAUUACGUUUCACAAAGAAGACUUGUUUUUAUUUUAUUGCUCUUGAGGAUUGUUUGAAGGAGCAUAACAUAGAUAUUUUUGGAUUACUUGGAAUCUGAUGUGUUAAGAAGUGACAGCCAAAAGAUGGUGUCCAAUAUUUGAUACUAGAUGUAGCAUUUGUGGAUGAUUAUAUACAUUUGUCAAUGUCUAUAAUAUUUUGGAUUUCAGUUACUGUAUAUCCUACUAUCACAUGUAACCAUUGCUUCUUUGGGGAAACUAGACAAACUGCUUGAACUAUGCAAAUGAUAAAAAAAGAGACAUAAUAUGCUUGCUUUCAGAAAACCUUGCAAUAAAGUGAAUGUAUACAAAUAAUCUGUUUCUCUAGAUGCUUCUAAAUUCAUCACAGUAUUUUGUAUGAUAAAACAUGUCUCGCUGCCUGGAAUGAUAUAUUCACUGCUGUUAUUUUAAUCCACUUGUUGAUGAUUCACUGCCAAAAAGACUACUGAGGUUAACUGUCCAGUCAUGACAUUACCAACAGGCUUCCUGAUGAUAUUCUACAGUCUUUGUUAUAUCAAACUGUAUGUCUGAAUGAAUAAAGUGCAAAAACAAA